AUGACGACCAGGCUCAGGAAGAACAGGAAGAAGAGAGGCCAUGUGAGCGCCGGCCAUGGUCGUGUCGGGAAGCACAGGAAGCACCCCGGCGGUCGCGGUAAUGCUGGAGGUUUGCACCACCACAGGAUCCUCUUCGACAAGUACCAUCCUGGGUACUUCGGUAAGGUUGGGAUGCGUUACUUCCACAAGCUGAGGAACAAGUUCUUCUGCCCCACCGUCAACGUCGAGCGUCUCUGGUCCCUCGUUCCCGAUGAGGUCAAGGCAAAGGCCACCGGUGACGGGUCCGCUGCCCCUCUCAUUGACGUCACCCAGUUUGGGUACUUCAAGGUCCUAGGCAAGGGCGCCCUGCCGCCGUCUCAACCCAUCGUCGUGAAGGCCAAGCUUAUUUCCAAGAACGCCGAGAAGAAGAUCAAGGAGGCUGGAGGUGCCGUCGUCCUCACUGCCUGA